AUGUCCCUCAACGGAAAAGUGGCCCUUAUCACUGGCGGAGGCAAGAACCUUGGGGCCAAUGUCGCGACACUCUUUGCUGCCGAAGGAGCCCAUCUUGCACUCCACUACAAUUCCACGAGCUCCAGGAAACCCACCGAAGAACUCGCGGCACAACUAUCAACCAAACACCCCGAGGUCAAGAUCAAGAUCUACCAAGGCGACUUGACCAGCUUCGGCAACGUAAACAAGUUAUUCAAGUCCGUCCUUAGCGACUUCGACUCCAAACUCGACAUCGUCAUCAACACGGUAGGGAUGGUGCUGAAAAAGCCGCUGGCUGAGAUCACCGAGGCCGAAUAUGACACCAUGUUUGCCAUCAACUCGAAAUCGGCAUUUGCCAUCACGCAAGAAGCAGCCAAACAUGUCGCGGAUGGUGGGAAGAUCAUCAACACGGUCACGUCCUUGCUGGCUGCAUAUACACCCUUGUACACGUCAUACCAGGGAUCCAAAGCGCCGGUUGAAUUCUUCACCAGAGGCCUGAGCAAAGAAUUGAUGGGGCGACGGAUCAGUGUCAAUGCCGUUGCACCAGGACCGAUGGAUACACCGUUCUUUUAUGGUCAGGAGUCGCCUGAAGCUGUGGAGUUUCACAAGUCGAAUGCAAUUGGGGGGAGGUUGACAUUGGUCGAAGAUAUUGCACCUAUCUUCAAGUUCUUGUGUACUGAUGGCGCUUGGAUCAAUGGUCAGACUUUGUUUGCGAACGGUGGGUACACUAGUCGUUAA